AUGCGUUCAAUUUCCAGAGCCGUUCUGCGACCCUACGUCUGCCCAUCUUGCCGGCACUUUGGUGCUGGUCGGCGACGAUUCAGCUCUAAGCUAGCUUCUCCUGAGCUCUACGAUGUCGUCUGCGUUGGCGGCGGGCCCGCCGGCCUAGGGUUACUGGCAGCACUGCGAGCGAACUCCGUCACAUCAAAGCUCAAAGUUGCCCUCGUCGAGACCCAGGACCUCCGUAAGGCCCAGUCAUGGAACCUCGAACCAACUCAGUUCUCAAACCGAGUCAGCAGCUUGACUCCCUCGUCUGUGUCCUUCCUGCGCAGCAUUGGCGCCUACAAUCACCUCGAUGUCACCCGCGUCCAGGACUACCAUGACAUGCAGGUGUGGGACGGGCAAACCGGAUCCCGAAUAUCGUUUGACUGGUCCAUGGAGACCUCCCCAUUCGAAGACAUGCGCACGGUAGCAACAAUGACCGAGAACGCAAACCUGGUGCGCGCCCUCCUACGCCGCAUCACCGAGUCCGGAGACGAGAACCUCACCCUCUUCUCCAACUCCACCGUCGCCUCCAUCAACAACGGCUCCGACCUCCAACCCGAAGGCCCGGACCUCUCAGCUUGGCCCGUCCUCUCCGUCAAGCCAACAGACCCGGCCUCCACAACACCCCCAAAACAAAUCGCAGCCCGCCUUCUCGUUGGCGCAGAUGGCAUCAACAGCCCCGUCCGCUCCUUCGCAGACAUCCCAACCCAUGGCUGGGACUACGGCCGCCACGGCAUCGUCGCAACCCUCGCCCUAGACAACCCUGCAACACCACCCUUCCCAGCCUCAAUGCGAACAGCCUACCAACGCUUCCUCCCAGCCCUAGGCGGUCCAAUCGCUCUCCUCCCCCUCCCAAACAACCACGCAACCCUUGUCUGGUCCACAACCCCAGAGCACGCAGCCUACCUCAAGUCCCUGCCAACCAAGUCCUUCCUGGCAAUGGUCAACGCCGCCUUCCGCCUGGACAUGACCGACCUAACCUACAUGAUGGGCAUGGACACCCCAUCCACCACAACCCCAUCCGACUCAUCGCACGAAGACGAACUCACCUGGCGCAUCAAGCACACACCUAUCCCAGCACACAUCCCGCCCCCAGCAUUAGCAGUCCAAGAAGGAACAGUAGCCUCCUUCCCCCUCCGCUUCCGCCACGCAGCGCAGUAUAUCACGCCGCGCGUCGCGCUAGUCGGCGACGCUGCACACGUCAUCCACCCGCUCGCGGGGCAAGGCCUGAACCUAGGCUUGGCAGAUGUAGCUUGCCUCGCGCGAACAAUUCAGUAUGCUGUCUCGCACGGUAUGGAUGUGGGUGAUUUGCUUUCAUUGGAGCGGUACUCGUCUGAGAGAUACCUGCCCAAUGCUAAGAUUGGUGGUGCUUGCGAUCUGCUGCAUAAGAUGUAUACUGUUCCUGGCUCCGGGCCUGUUGCUUGGGCUAGGAGCUUGGGUUUGGAGACUAUUCAGCGGUUGCCUUUUGUUAAGGGCUUCCUUAUGAAGAAUGCCGAGGGGUAUUAG